CGGUAACAUCAGUUCCUGGCGACAUCUACUUAGCAGGAAUAUUUACCAUAAAAUCCUCAACAACAUCUGGAAAUGAAUGUAAUGGUCAAGUGUCCACUACCUCAGUAAUGGGACUAGAAGCCGUGAAAUGGGCAAUACGUCGACUAAACCAGCAAAAUUACAUUCCUGGGGUUAAUUUGGGUUUGAUCGCCUAUCCCACUUGUCUGUCAGAGGAGUUGGCCGGUUACAGAGCAGUGGAAAUUUCAACCGCAGUAAAGGAGAAGUCAGAAAAUAUUAUAGGAAUCAUUGGAGCGGAGAGAAGUUCCGAUUCCGAAUCAAUUUCAACAAUUCUCGCGAGACUUCCCCGUUCCAUUGCUCCACCCAUGAUCUCAUAUUCUUCUACAUCCGUAUCGCUAAGUGAUAAGCUGAGGUUUCCCAACUUCUUCAGAACAAUUUAUUCAGAUCAAAUACAAGUCGAGGUUAUAACCACUCUAAUGACGGAAUUACAGUGGAACUACAUAUCUAUUGUGCACGAGAAUAACGCGUACGGUCGCCAUGGUGCUGAUGCAUUGAGAACGGAACUCCUUAAUCAUGGAAUAUGCAUCCGCACCGUUAAUGGUUUCAAUACUACAUACGGAGUUCAAAUAUCAGUUCUUAGUCAAAUCAUUGAGGAUAUCACCUUACCAAAAGAUGGGGCAGUAAGCGGGAUAGUAUUCUUUGGAGGACAGACGUCUGCCGAAAAAUUUUUGACAGCCAUGAAGGAUCUUAAUCUCGGAGGUGAUACACCAUCUAUCAUUUUUUCAGAAGGUGUUGGUACAUCUAAGGACGUAUUUAAAGCACAGACUAUUGCAGCAUCAAGAGGAAAUCUUGUAGUUAGCCCAAAGUAUCAACCAGUGCAGAGUUUCUUGGAACAUUGGAAAGCCAUUUUUAAAAAUAAGACAUUGCUGUUACACGAAAUAAAAACCAAUCCUUGGUUAAAGGAUGUUUUCUUUGAUAUAAAAGGGUGUUCUUACGAAGAUGUUUCGUGUAUCGUACCAACAGAACAAGAAAUGGAUGAUUUUAUGUCAAAGAAUAUCUAUAUUAAGUUUGCUGUGGAUGCUGUAUCUAUGUUUGCAAAAGCUUUAAAAAUUUCGAAGAAUGAAGUUUGUAGGAACGAUUCUUGCUCAUCAAUUCAUGUAGAUGGAAUAGAAAACUUUUCAAAAGCAGUAAGAGACAUACAGAUAAACUCCACGGCAGAGUUUGAAUCAAUUUUCCCAAUAGAACAAAGACUUCUUUUUGACGAAUAUGGCAAUAUUCAACCAGCAAAAAAUGCAGAAGUGUUUUCAGUGUAUAAUCACCGAAAAUGUCUGGAGGACGAAUCCCAAUACUGUUUUGUUAGGGUGGCCAACUUUUCUAAUAACAAAAUAGCAAUAAACCAAGCUCUGUUAAAAGAUUAUGACCAAUCUGGAAAUGAAAGAAGUUAUCACAAAGCUCAAUGUAAACCGGGUGAUGUAUGUACGAUUUGCCUACGCGACGACGAGCAGAUUUACUACAAAGCUGGAGACCUCAUCAUUGUUGCUGCAUUUGCAAUACAUAACGUUGGAGCAAAGCCUCUGCAAUGUGGAGGCUUGAGGAGCAACGUCGGUCUUGAUGUAGCACUAACAGUUGAGCAUGCUGUAGACAAGAUUAACGAAAACAAAACCAUUUUCGAUGGUACUUCAAUUGGAUUUAUUAUUUUAGAUUCUUGUAAUAAUCCUCUCGUAAUUCAAGAAAGGGUGCUCCGUCUGUUCAGAGCGGAUGGUUAUCCGAGACUGCCUUCUGAUAUAUCAGACCGGAUCCUUGGAUUUGUUGGUUCUCUGGGUAGUACACCGACUUUGGCAAUGGUUUCGAUUACGAAAGAGCUGCAAGGAAAACCACAGGUCGGGUGCUGUUCCACAAGUACAGAAUUUAACAAUAAAGACUUGUAUCCAAAUUUUGUACGUGUUUCAACCUCACUGGAGCACACAGCAGACGCAAUGGUUCAAUUAGCGAAACAACUUAAUGCUUUAUACAUUCAAGUUAUAUAUAGCUCUGGAUUCUACGGAGAAGAUGGAAAAGAUGCCAUUAUAUCCAGUGCAAAGAAAUAUGGCAUCUGUGUGGCAAAUACUAUAGAAGUACCCGAGAAAUCUAAUUAUUUCACUGUUCUGGACGAACUUCGAGUCAAACCUUCAGCCAAGGUGGUUUUGACUUUUCUUCGCUCUCAUGUUGGACCUUUCGUAAUGAAAGCAAUCACAGACAAUAUGCAGUCAGGUGGCGAGUUUCACUUCAUAGGUUCAGAGACUGUUGGUACUCGCAAGCAGUACCUUAUUCCUCGAUUAAAAGGGACAUUAUCUGUAGCACAAGAAAUGCCCCAAAGUCCUUCAUACCUUCAAUUUUUACAAACAAAGUCUCCAAAACCAACCGAUGAUAAUUCUUGGCUUCUUAAUGCAAUUCAAAGUCGUCAAGGAUGCUUUUAUCCUUGGAGUUUUAACAAAUCAAAAACUUUGUCCAGAGAAUGUGGACCAAACGACCAUUUAACUAAGAACGACAGCGCCCUUUUGGACCCAUGGACACCAUAUCUUUAUAAUGCUGUCCUUGCUCUUCUGAAAGGUUCGGCAAAUGCUUUGCGCGAGAUUUGCGUGACAACAUCAAAAAUAUGCACAGACUAUUCAGAUACGAAGAGGGUUUUACAACAUAUAAAAAAUGUCCACCUUGAUCUCAAUCAAAAAGGAUUACCUGUACCCGUUUUUGAUGAAAACGGAAAUGGUAAAUAUGGACAUCGGAUAUAUCAUAUUGUUUCUGAUGAGGGGGAGCUGUCCUAUAAAUUAGUCGGACGUCGAACCCAAUCAAGUGAUCUAGUAUUUAAUCAGGAGGACGAGAUAUUUCCAGAAUAUUCUGGAGGGACGGAUUGUCCGAAUCCUACAGACUGUAAAAUCUGCCGAGAAUUUCUGAACAAGGAAGGACAAACAAACGAUGAUUCUUCAGACCUGUCCUUAACGCAGAUUUUGCUAAUUGUAGGAAUAAGUAUUACCAGCUUUUUGGCCAUUCUCUUUAUAGUUCUAUUUUUGCGUCUAUGGUGGGAAAAAAGGCGAGAUAGCUGUGAGCAGCCUUCGGAUCCUUACUAUCUGACUGUCCAGUAUGCGGGGGAACGAGAUGUGGAGACGAUUAAUCCUGAAGCAAACAAUCAAGGUCAUAAUUCUGUCAACGGCUUUACAUUCCAUGAAUGAAUGGCUUAAAUAAAAAGCCUCUAUAAACAAUGCACACU